AUGCACCGCUUCAACGCCAACCACCUCCAGGACGUCGCCGCCGCGCGCGCCGCGGCCGCCGACGCCAAGUUCCAAGCCGAAUUCCCGCAUCUCCACCGCGCCGAGAUGCGCCGCAAGGCCAAGGUUGCUCUCGCGACGCCCACGCGUGCCCCCGUCACGAAGCGUGUUCCUGCCAAACCAACGACAGCGCCGGUUGCUACAAAGUGUACAACCGUCAAGCCGGCGCCAUCGAUCAAGUCGACACGUCCGGUCAAGCCAACGCUUCUGUCCAAGCCAGUGUCUCGUCCAGCACCACGCGAACCCAAGGUCCUCGCACCUGCUACGACCAGCGCGACCAAGCCGUCGUCUUCGCCUUCGCCAGCACCCAUCCGACCUGCGCGCUCGUCGCUGGUGGUAUCUCGGCCCGUGGCGCCAACACACGAACCGCUUGCUGCGGUGGCGACCACGGAGACACCCGUCCUCGCGUGCAGCUGCCAGCCGGUGAUUGUUGCGCUUGAAGACGAGAAUCGUCGUCUCCAAGAAGAGCUCCGGGCCGCACACGUCGCUUUGGCCGAGUAUGCAAGCAAGGUGCAGCAUCUCGAAGCUGCCUUGCUCUGCGCAUCGGCUCCCAUCGAUACGAUGAUGCCACCGGCGGCUGCGAUUCCCAUCGCUCUGGACGCCGAGCCACUGGCCUCGCCCAGUGAAGACAAUGUAGUCCACACUGCUCCGGCAACAAUGACCCCAACGGCCGCUCCACUCAUCCCAAAGGUUGCCGCCGAGAAUGAGCCACACGACGGAGCAGCCACGACCAAGGCUGCCCCAACGCCUUUGUCCACGGUAUCACGGUCGCCGGUACAACUCGAUGCGAGCCACGCAGGCCUCGCCAACCUCGGCAACACGUGCUACAUGAAUGCCACCUUGCAGUGCCUCGCGCACGCGCCGCCACUGGUCGACGCGCUGCUGUCACAGCAAAGCGAGUCUAGCACGGUCAAUGCUCUCACACGCGUGGUCUCUGGUAUCCUGGCAAACGACGCUGCUUCGUACCGCAGCGACCAAGAAGCUUUGGUGCCGCAUUUCCAUUCGGCUUCGACGCAGCAAGAUGCGAGCGACUACCUCGCGUGGCUCGUCUCGGAUCUUGAGGUCGCUUCAACGAUUCCCGAGGAUGUGUUCGGCUCGUACUGGACAGCGACAAGUACCUGUCCCCACUGCGGCCUACAGUCCGAGACGUCGGAUGCCUACCGGGACAUUUCGAUCGCUGAAGAGACGACGUCGGUCGCUGCUGGUCUCGCCUCGUUCGCAACGAAGACACUCACGCGGACAUGCGACAACUGCCACAUCUUUGGCACGUCCAAGCAGCACUGGACGAUCCUCCUCGCGCCGCCCGUGCUCGUCCUCACGCUCAGCGCAACCAACUACAACGUGCAGGACGCCCGUCGUGUGGUCGUAAACGAGAUGUUGGCGCUGGGUGCAAGUACCUACCGCCUUGUGGGUCUGGUCGGUCACCGCGGUACCUCGGUCUUCGGCGGCCACUACGUCGCGUACGUGCGCCGGUCCAACGACUGGCUUUGUAUGAACGACGCCCUUGUCUCGGUCGUGUCGGCUCGCACCGUCUUUGCCCAGCGCGCCUACGUCCUCUUCUACGAACGCCUUGCCGACGACUCGUGAGCCAAGAUUCCAUCGAGUCCGAUCCAUCAGCCCGAGCCUCCACACUGCGUUAUGGACGAAUAGCGUCCAUACGCACAUUUUACAAUAUGGCUAUUUGGACGAAGAACGUCCAACCUAAGAUAUCUAACAGCCGUAAAAUAUAUAUCCCUUGAC